AUGCCAUCCUUUCGUGGCAUCGAGCUAUCUAUCGUGGCUAGCUCUGACAUCAGGGGUUUACCUGAAUAUCCUCAUCCGGAUGGAUCGUCUGUUCGCCUCGCAAGGGUUGGUCCUGGCUGUCAUGAUCUAAGAGAUAAGGUCCGAAAUGGCUCGCGCCAUUCCCCUUCCUCCAACUAUCCCAUUGCCCAGUCAAUCCUGAAGAAAUCUAAUCCCCGAAUAUCAGUCUAUAUUCCUUCAAGCCCUGGUUCCCAGUUUCGGCUCAAAUAUAUUAUUCAUCAGCCAGCGCCGGCUUCAAGAUUCGUCUAUUUCAAGAUUAUUAUCAAUGGUGAACCUGCUGUCUCUUGGGGUAUUGACACCAAUCAUUGCGCCGCAGGGAGCGUGUCGAGGGGUCUUUUCGAGCCUGGGGAUGGCUUUAAAGACAAAAGCGGAAAUGUCCCGGUAGGCAUAGAGACGCGAUACUUUCAUUUCGUGCAUGAUCUCGAGAAUCAUCCGGCUUCCGAAGAUGGUGGCCUAAUCGAGGUUCAAGUCUUUCGUUGCCGAGGACGAAGGCGUAUAGCCGUCGAGUUGGACUCGUAUUCGCAUGCUCACCAGGAACACCAUGGCAUUACGUCAUCUAGUGGCGGUUUAGUCGAUAGUCCUCAAGAUGCUACCUUCUACGAAUAUCACCUAGAGGAUGCAAGAGAUUCGCCUUUCGCAACUUUUUGCUUCUAUUACCGAUCUGUACAAUACCUUGAGCAACGAAACCUUAUUCCUAAGUACGAGGCCAGAGUCCGACCAGCAUCCAUAAGCUCAGUGAAAUCAUCAAGUCUUGGUCUUCGGCCUUCUUUUGAUGCCGAGUCACCAGAUGAUAGCGUGUUUAACGAUCACAUCAAACCGGUUAGUAUGGCUAUUUCGGACCCGUCAGAAGCACCCGAGCCAGAAGAAUACUCAUUGAGAAGUCCUCCGCUACUUGUAGCAGCUCACCAACCUGUCACCAACGUCGAAGAUACGAAUAAGGCAAUGAGGGAUGCCUUUUUGGCCAAAUUACUACAAAGGCCAUUGCCAGAGCUACCAAAAACAAGUUCCAGGCAGACCUCGAAGAGCUCACUUCGCUCAAACUGCCCAUCUCUGACUCCGUCACUGAAACUAUACGCCAAGAGCGAAGAGUUUGAAAAGGAGGAGGUAAAAUUAGGUACAGCACAGUCGAUGGUUCUACAAUCCGCAUCCAUCAAUGCGCUGGAGUCAAGAGAUGUAAAUGCAUAUAAGCGGGAUGAUGACGAUUCAUCUUCGGACUAUGCAACCUCAUUAGACUCAACCGAAACAUCGCACUCGCCAGCCCUGCCCUCCCCGACCGGCUAUGUUCCAACGACCGGCAGCGUGCUUGAACGGCAGCUCGACCAAUUUGACUCUCCUAUCGCUCAAUCCUCACCAAAAUCCAAGGCCAAGCUCCCGCUCUCUAAAUCUCAAGCAAAUUUGCUUAGCGAUAUAAGCUUCCCUGAUGUCGAGAAGCUGAAAGUUAGUGAGGGCGAGUGGCUUAAGCAGGCGCCAUCACCUCUACGACACAAAAGUCGACUAGGAAAGCAUCUAUGGAGUCCAAGGCCAGGGAAGCGUCGUGGCCGCUCUUCGAUGAUAGAACUACCUUCCCGCCAGACGGACUACGCGGAUACCAAAUGUUCUAGUGGCAAAGGCAUUUCUCGUGAUGUGCGAGCAAGUGCCACACACGACACAAGAUACCUAAAUGAAGCCCCCAUGGGCAACUGGAUCUAAAAUAGCUGUUUCAUUUCGUCGAUUAGAGAGCAGAACACUCCUAUGGCUAGGACGCGCACCGAAUCUGCACCAGAGAGACUUGGGUCGUAUACGUAGUAUUAACUAUACCUCUUACUUGCUUUCCUAAGAUAUCCGGAAUUGGCUGUAUCAGAUGCAACUAAUAUCUAAAGCUAGAUACAUACUGAACUUAGGCUUUAUUUGUAUGAAUUGUAAUGAUGGUGCCGAUUUAAGGGGUUCGAUAUAUUUACUAUAUCUUACUAGGA